CUUGAUUUAGAACAGGAUAAAGUUGAGCAAUGUCUGCUAAAGAUUUGAAAGAAGCUGCAAAAGGUUUGCCAAACAACUGGGAAGUGUUUCAUUCAAAGAAAUCCAAAAGGUUGUAUUAUUAUAACAAUGAAACAAAGAAGACGCAAUGGCAUCAUCCUAGCCUUGGAGAAAGGAAUGUAUGAUGAUGAUGUUUAUUUAUCUUUGAUUUUAAAGUACUAAAACAAUCAAACAUUAAUAUAUCACCCCAUCAUCACCAACAUCAUCACCACCAACAUCAUCAUCACCAACAUCAGUAUCACCAACAUCAUCAUCACCAACAUCAUCACCAACAUCAUCAUCACCAACAUCAUCACCAACAUCAGUAUCAUCAUGAUCACCAUCAUAACCACCAGCAUUGCCACCACCAGUAUUACCAUGACCACCAUCAUAACCAGUACCCCCAGUAUCACCAUGGUCACCACCAUCAUAACCAUCACCUCCAGUAUCACCAUGACCAUCAUACCAGCACCUCCAGUAUCACCAUGGUCACAACCAUCGUAACCACCACCCCAGUAUCACCAUGGCCACUAUCAUAACCACCACCACCCCCCCCCCAGUAUCACCAUCAUAACCACCAUCUCCAGUAUCACCAUUGUCACCACCAUCAUCACCAUCACAACCAUCAUAACCACCACCCCAGAUCACCAUGACCACCAUCAUAACCACCACCCCCAAGUAUCACCAUGACCACCACCAUAACCACCACCCCAGUAUCACCAUGGUCACCACCAUUAUCACCAUCACAACCAUCAUAACCACCACCCCAGUAUCACCAUGGUCACCACCAUUAUCACCAUCACAACCAUCAUAACCACCACCCCAGUAUCACCAUGACCACCAUCAUAACCACCACCCCCAGUGUCACCAUCAUAACCACCACCUCCAGUAUCACCAUGGUCACCACCAUUAUCAUCACCAUCAUCAUCACCAUCAUAACCACAACCCAGUAUCACCAUGACCACUAUCAUCAUUAUUAUCACAGUCAUGAAGCAAAGAAGUUCAAUAAAAACUCUGCUAGGAAAAUUCGACUCUAGGGUUGCCCUCUUGAACUUCCUGCUGAAUUUCACGUCAAAGAAAACGGCGUCGCAACGUUACAAUAGGGUUAAAGUGGAAAAGAGACAUAUUAUUCCUUAUCCAUGUCCAUUUUUUGUUUGUUUAGAAACAUGGUGAGAAAUCCAAGUCUAAGAAACGCAAAGCAUCGGGCGACGAACGAAAUAAAGUUAAACACGAAAAGGGCAAACAGUCAUUCAAGCAGCAAUAUGAAACAAAGCAGGAACAAAUUCCGGUGAAAUUAAAAAAAGACCAAACAAACUGUGAUGCUUCAAAACUGCCUGAAAAACUGUUCUUAAAUGCAUUACCAAAGGCGAAAGCGACAGAGAAACCAUUUUUAAAGGCAUUGCCAAAACUUCCUUCAAAGUCGCAUACGGGAAACUUCGUGGAAAAUACUAAGCGUAGCGCUCACGACCAGAAACCUUACACAGAAAGUGUUAAAAAUAACACGCAGGCAUCUAAACCUUGCAACGAAACCGCUCAAACAAAUACUCGGACAUUUAAUUCGGCUAAAAGUAACCCACAAGCGAAUGAACUUGGCAACCGAGCUGUUAAAGCUGACCUAGAAAUAACUAAUUCUGUCAACCCAAGUGGCAAGACGAAUUCCCAAGCAUUUAAGACUUUAAAGGAACAAAAGGUGCCUGUAUUAUUGAAAAGUAAAUCCCAAAGCGAAGCUAAAAAGAUACCCAAACUUCAACCCUUGUUGCGAACGAAAAGUUUAGGCGAAGGCAGUGACAGCGGGGUUUCAGAGUCCAGUGACAGAAUCUUAGCAUGGCUUGCUGAUACAUCAAGGAUUAAUUUUAAGAACCAUCCUGUACCAACUAUUACUGUUGAAGAAGACAAAGUGUCUAGUAUGAAACAAGCAAAACAAACGUCUGCACGAAUCAUUGGAAAGCAAAAGAGUGAAAGACAAAAGGCAACCAUCAUAGAGCGAGUUGAAACGAAUUCGGGGACUGCUGAGCCAAAAAGCGAUAUUUUGGAUAAAUUAUUGCCCAAACACUCUCAAACGCACGCAAAACAGCGCCAUGCACCCUAUAAAUUAAACUUAACGGACUUAAAACACAACAAAACUAAUUCAAGCCAAAUUGAACUAGAAAAGGGCCUUAGCGGGCAGACUACAGCAAAAGCUACAACAAGUAGCACUACGAAAAUAUCUCCAGCCAAUCAAAAUGGUUUAUCUUCUGAAUUAGCCAAUAGCUUUGCGAGAAAUUUGAGCGGGAAAACUACAGCUGAUCAAAAUAGAUUUUUAGUCUCAGAAACUGCUGCAAGUGAAAACUUAAUUGAAAGUUUGUUCGGUGUUGAUGAUAAUAAUGUUCCUCCAAUUGCUAGUGUUCAAAAUGUUAAUUUACCAAGCGAGAAUAGUUUGCAGAAUGGUCUAGACGAACCACAACAGCUUGUAUCCAGCGCAGUGAUUCAAGGACAUAGCGAAGUGUUUGACAAUGUUCAGCCAGAUGAUGACGUUUUUUCAAUGGAGGAAGGGGUUGGGAGCGAUGUUUCUAUACCAUUAUCUGAAAGUGAGGUUGCAGAUAUGGAGAUUGAUAAUGCAGAAGAGUUGGCUAAAGAAAUUGUACAGGAGGUAUAUCACGAGUGUUUUAUGGUCGAUGAGCUCUCUAUAUAUCUGGAGUAAGAUCUUCAGUCAUUCGGUCUAUGGACUAUGAGAAAAGUGAAGCCAAGAUGGCGGCCAUUGACGUCCAAUAGCUCUGAAGGUCGUAAACGGCUUUUAUACCAAUUCCCAAGCUAAAUCCAGUUUUUUCCAACCGUAUCGCUAACGUAACGUCUCGCUAAUCAAAUUUUCACUUCAUAAAAUCAUACUAUUAGUCUUUAAAUUGAAGUCUAAAUACGAAAUCUCGGCACACUCCUUGGGACGUCACUUCACUUUUUAGGCUCGAGUUAUCGCUCCAGAUAUAUAUUGAGCUCUUCAUGGUAGGUUUCAGUUAGCGUUACAGAGCAGCAGAUACAUGGCGAUCAACUUCAGAAAUUGCUGACAUUUCUAGGAACAAGAAAAUUAAAUUAUACGUCUACACUUUACCUCUUAAUUAUACUUAUAGACAGCUUCCCCCAAUACAAAGCUAUAAAUUAAAUUAAAUAUUAUUUUCUCACUCUGAUAUAAAUGUCGUUCAUCGACAAAUCCAUUUGCGACAUUCUAUUAAAACAUUCCUUUGUGGCUGUUUUACCAGAGAUUAACAUGAGAACAAACGUGCCAUAAACACCCGCUGUUUUUUUUAAACAGCGGGAUUUCAGUCAGAUGCAAAUUGCGAUGAAAGGAAAAGACGUUUGUGAUGCAUACAAAAAAACGUAAGAAAAUAUUGCUUUCAAAAUUAUUAUAUGUUUUUUUAGCUGAAAGAAAUGAGAGGCAGUAUUGUGGUCCAACCUAGUCAGGUAAGCAAUGUUUAGACAGUUUACAGCAUUGUUUACUUCCUCUUUACUCUUUAGACUUUAGUCGUUCAGAUCAUUAACAUUCAUGGAUUUGUAUGCAAUCAUACUACUGGUGCAGCUUCAUGCUCUCUUAUUUGUACAUCAUUUGAAUAUUAAUCGCACUGCACAAACUCGCAACAACACCUUUGUAACUUGUCUUAAAGAUUCACAAGGAUAAUCAAAUGGCGAUGAAAGUUUCAAGCGAUGGUUACGAGGUACGUUUUUACUAAGUUAUCAUUUUUAUACAUUAUGCUGUAUCUUCUAUAUAAGAACGGAAUUGUAACAGUAAUUAACAAUACAAUAACCACAAUCGCACUUUCGUGGUUUAUCAUGAAGAAGCCAUAAUGGUUAUUUCAGAAUACACUAUUGUAGUAACAAUGUUGCAAUUAAGGGCGACAAAACCUUGGUUAAACUAAAUUUCCUUUCAGUUACAACCCUCGUUAUGCAUCGCAAGUAUUAUAAUAUGCAAUGCAGUAUGUGGCUGGAUGUAAAGCUCCUAUGCUAUGCUGCGUCGUUCUGAUUUUACUUACCCACAUGCCAAAUGUAUUCCGGCCCAAACUUAACAGACGUAUAAAAGCUAUCUAUAACGAUGCAAGAUGCACAGAAUUACCAACUAGUCAAAAUCACUCAAAUUUACUUCUAUGCUCGCUGUUUUUAUGUUUUAUGAAAUAAGUUAUGGUCUGGAAUUAACUGUGAAAUGAUUCAACGGUUGUUAUUUUUUGCCUAUCUAUAGGGUGUCUUGUAUAUUGUUCUGGACACAAAUGUAUUACUAUCGCAUUUAAAAUUUGUCACCGAGUUAAAAGACUUUCCUAUCCCAGGUAAUAUUUACGCAACGCUUCAAGCCCUUUCUGUACUUUUGCUUUGUCUCAAAACGACAAUUUUAGUUUGUGCAUGCAUGGAUAAAUUGUGAAAGGCGUUGUAUACUAACUUUACCGAUUUUAAAAUUGUGCUGGUAGGAGUUGGUAUGCCAAUUUUAGUUAUACCGUGGGUUGUAAUACAGGAGUUGGAUUCUCUCAAGGUAAGUAUGAUCUGGUUUGUUUUACAAUGUUUGGUAGAAUUUACAGUAGAAUGUGAACUACCGAUUUAGCGACCAGGGCAGCUGUAUCACAAUUAUUUAUUUUUUUUACUAUGAAAAUUUUUUUUCAUUUAUAUUUUUACCAUGAGAAAAACAAAAAAUCACGAGAGCUUGCAUGUUUAUUCGAUACAAAAUUGUAUGAUUUACUCGUACAUUAUCAUGAAGACGUAUAUAUCAUAUCUAAUUAUGUUUUGCUUGAACAGUAUAAAUGAUUUCGGUUUAUUUCCAGGAGAAUAAAUGGAGAUCUCACGAGAGUGGUGAUAAAGCAACGAGAGUUGAUAUGUUAGCUAGAGUUGCUAUCAAGUUUCUCAACAGUUCAUUUCACAAAUCUGAUCCUCGCGUACGAGGCCAGACAGUAGACGAGGUAGGAUUGGCGGAUUUGUUGGCCAAUUUCCACUCGUCACGAAACUAUGAACAGGUUUUGUGAUGGUUGAUUAUAAUAAAGAAUAAAUUUCUAAAAAAUGAUCACUUUAAUUUCUGACUACUUCCGCCACGGGAUAAUGUUUGCGUUUGUUAUUAGUGCGUGUCUGAGUGGGUGUCAGCAAGUUAAAAAAUAUCAAACGUAGUAAUACGAAACUUUGUGGAACUGAUGAACAUUGGCCAAGGACAAAUUGAUUAAGUUUUGGUUAAAUUUGGAUAAAAAUUGGAUGAGAAAUCAGAAAAGUUUGUCUUGCUUGGCUGGGCAGAGUAAACUGAAUGCGUAAUAGACCUUAGAAGUGCUUAUUAAGCAUCACGUCAUCAGACAUUUGACAUGGACCAAAUGUCUGACAUUAGCCAUGCACUUCUUGAGUACCUUUAAAGUAAUAAUUGUUUUUUUUUGUUCAACAGAAUGUGUUUAGUUGUUUUUCGAUCCGUAUUAAGUCAUUUGAACAGUUGUUGCUACGGUCUUCGAUAAUUUUCCUCAAAACUGUAUGCAAAUGUAUUUUCCAGGCUGCAGAGCAUGUCGGAAAUCUACAACAAGAGAUGAAUGAUGACCAAAUAUUACAAUGUUGUUUGCUGUUUCAUCAAAGAGGUUAGGAAAUAUAAACAUCAUUCAACCUGUAUGUUUGCAUGGCGAUGAAACAUAUAAUAGUUUUGUUUGUGGAAACACCACGUAAAUUUAUUACUGCAAAGCUUUCGAUCCGUAAGCCCGGAUCUUCAUCAGUGCUAAUAAUAUGUAUUAUUAGCAUAUUAUUAGCACUGAUGAAGAUCCGGGCUUACGGAUCGAAAGCUUUGCAGUAAUAAAUUUACGUGGUGUUCCACAAACAAAACUAUUAUAUCAGAAAAUACUGUUAGUUCUUUCCAUAUCUAGUGGCCUUGCACGCUAAUAAAUGGGGUAGACCUUAUGCAUAAUGACGUCACAAGGCUAGAUGCCCGCGAGGAAUGCUGGUCUUAGUAGACAUCGCCCGGGAAAAUUAAACAAUUCAAAAUGGCCACUAUCGAAAUUUUCCCGGUCGAUGACUACUAAGAUCAGCAUUCCUCGCGGGCAUCAAGCCUUGUGACGUCAUUAUGCAUAAGGUCUAUCGAGAGAUUUAGUUUAAGAUGGUUUAAUUCUCUUGUUCCUAUAAAUUAUUUCCGGCGCCAACCCUGUGGUAUAAAUUCUAACCCUUUUAUUUUAUAAUCUUAAUUGUUCUGUACCAGUGUAGGUAGUGGCAAUAUAAAUAACAAGCUUUCGUUGAUAGGGAUACGACUAGCUGAAAAUAUAAGGAGAACUUCAAGAAGAAACUCCUUGUAUUUUUCACGUAGUUGUAUCCCUACCAACGAAAGUUUUGUCUUUAUCUUCACAGCUCAAAAUGGCAGUUGUGUGUUAUUUUCAAAUGAUGUCAACUUGUGCAAUAAAGCGAUGGUGAAUGGGAUAAAGGCUUUUAAUCACGAGGUCAGAAUUUUGAGUUUGAUGAAAUAAUACUCCACUAAUCACUAUACAUUCGGAGACCUCUCGCAUUAACUGUGGUAUUGCAGACACCAAAGGGACGAAGUGUCGGUAUUGGAGAAAUAUCCGUUGAGUUUACUAGGAUUUUACUCAAUGAUUUCUACUCAACUUUUUUUAGAAAUUACUUCCAGGGUUGAAAGAUUUAUUUCAGUGUGGGGCGAUGGUGAAACAACAUAGUGAAGGUAUGGUGUACACUUGGAUAACCAGAUGAACUGCAGGGGCGGGUUGUACGAAGGUCGGAUAGCGCUAUCCACCGGAUAGGUUUUUUUUUCAACUUUUGAAAAAAUGCUUGAGAACUGUGAAACCACGGAUAUAGACGACAUAAGAAGUAUAAAAAACAUGUAACUUAUAAAUAAAAUACUAAACUUUAAUACGAAUUACACCAAUCAACGACUGAUUUAACAAAGAUUGAAAAAAAAAUCGCUAUCCGGUUUUCGUACAACCGGCCCCUAGAGCUCGGCUGAGGUGACAUUAUAAUCAGAUAACUGCAUUCUACAGGAAUUGAACCCUUUCUCAAAACGCAAUAACUUUAUUUAGAAUACAACACUCAACUUGUCAUUGAAGAAGAUCAAGCUCGUCGUCGCCAGAAGGUGAGCAUAUAUAUUCCAGGGAGAACAGUGUAGAACUGAUAGAGCUAUAUCCAAUAUAAAUAAACUUAGUUUAGGUUUCCUCCUGCAGUAACACUGGAUGAAUAAGAGAUGAUCCUUACUGGACCUCUAGGGAGAACAGUUUAGAACUAAUAGAGCUAUCCAGUAUAAAUAAAGUUAGUUUAGGUUUCCUCCUGUAGUGAUCCUUACUGGACCUCUAGGAAGAACAGGUUGGUACUGAUAGAACUACAUUGUAUCAGUAAAAAUAUUGUUGUUCUAGGCUGAUGAUAUCUUGUGUGAGCUGCAGAUUAUUUUACGUGAAGGUUUAUCUUACAUCAUUGAAAAUGAGAUGAAGAAAGCGUACGAUGAUUUGUGGUAA